AUGGGGGCCGGGCUGCUGGGCGCCAUCCUGGGCCUGGUCCUGGUGCAGGUGGAGGUGGCCGUGCAGGACCUAGACCUGCAGAAGAUUGUGGGGUUCUGGCGGGAAGUCGGCGUGGCUUCCAACCAAAACCUGGCGCUGAAGACCCCGAGGCGGCUGGAGGCCUUGUUCCUGACCCUGCACGGGGCCGAGCUGACCGUGAAGGCCGCGUACAACAGCUCAGGAAGUUGUGAGACAGAAAACAUAGUGGGCUCAGAGGUCGAUGUUUCGGGGAGAUUUGUUUUUCCUGGCCACAGGGAGAUCCACGUGAUCGACACGGACUACGAGCACUACGCCAUCCUCAGGCUGUCCCUCCGCUGGCAGGGCAGGGCCUUCCACGUGCUCAAGUACUUCAGUAAGCGCCUGGCGGGCCCUCGGUCCUGCUGGUUCUCAGGCUUCUGGUACGAGAUCGCCUUUGCCUCCAAGCUCCGCGAACCGAAGGCCAGGAAGGUGGUGGCGGUGCUGGUGGAGCCGGAGCGCGGCCACCUGGCCCUGACCACCUCGUAUGAAGAAUCGUUCAUGGGAGACAAGGAGAUCUCGGUGGUGAGCACGGACUACGAGACCUACGCCAUCCUGGACGUCCAGCUCCACCGCGGAGCGGCCAGCAUCAGGGUCCUGAAGCUCUAUAGGCUGGGGCCGCUGGGCAGGAGGGUGCUCGGGUGGGUGACCACGGCUCGUGGUUGA